UUUGUAAAGUAUAAGAAAACUUUAGAAUUUCUUAACACUACCGCUGAGAUCUCCGCAUUAGACUGUAGCCAUAUGUCUAUCAUUGUUGAAGGGAUUUUAGACCUAACAUUCGGUUUACUUCGGGAUAAACUUCGAGAUUACACGGCGGAACGCUUACGAGAUGGCGAUGUCACUGACGAAAAAUGUCGCCAAUUCUUUGUUCGCGAGUUGGAAAACAUAAAGUCAUUGCUGGAGGGGUUGUCACGCAAGGAACUUCUUGCAAGUAUAAGCUUUCUUCAAGAAGGAAUUUGCUUGCUGAAAAGCGCCUUUAGUCAUAGAAAAUUACCGGGUGAAUCGCAGGAGAAUGGCGGAAGCUUGGCUGACUGCCUGUCAAAUCAAAAUUACGAAAUGGCUGACAUGGCUACCGGCACGAAAAGGUCAAGAACAAAUCGGGAUCACUACGAGCAUGAGUCUUUUAAGGAAUCUAUUAAACAGCUUUCUCGAAUAAUCAACAAUCUUGAAAUCGUCUCCAAGAAUCGUCUUUCGUCCGCAAGAAGGUCCUUUCAAGACGCUCGACGCGAAGCUACAAGAGCGUUCAGCAACGAAGCGCUGUCGACGAUGGACCGGAUCUUAGCAUGCAAGUUAAGAGUGAUUAGUAGAAUGUUUGAAAGUUUUGAAGACCCGGUGGCAGUAGCUGAGACAUGUAUACUGUAUCUCGCCGAACUUCACAAACUUCAGGCAAUUCAGAACACGUUUAAUGUUCAUACAAACGGUGGAUUGAAGUCGCGUUUCAACAGGCAAAAACGUCGAGGUUUGAUGAGUUCUGUCAUCAUAAUCAAUUAUGUUUUGGCGAAUUAUAUUUUAAGUUUCGCAAUGGAGAAGUAUACAUUGUUGGACUGGCCUAAAAUCGAAGUGAGUCGUGGUCAAUUUCAUCCAUUACUGGAUACUGCGGCAAAGGAUAUAAUGCGCACCGCCAAAAUUGCUGCGCCGAACAUAUUUCAAUUUGAUGGAAAUGGAAUGUCGGCUAACCCGGAUGCAAACAGUGAGAAGUUCGUCUGUCAAAUUACACCUGAAAUAUUGUCAACCGGAAGUGGCCACAUCGCACAUAUUAUAAUUGAAGAUGACAUCAUGCGAUGUUAUCAUCCAUGA